AAAAAAUGUAUGAUUAAUUUAUAUAACACACGUUAUUUAAGUUUAUUUUCAAUUACAAAUUAAUUAACAGGUAAAUAUUAAUUAUUUAAUAAAAGAAAAUAUAUCACUUAAAGAGUACAAUAAUAAAACAUGCUUAAUAUUAUGAUACAACAUCAUCAUAAACAUGUAGAUAUUAUAAAAAUCAUCUUAUAUACUUAUUGGAUAUGUUCAAGUUAUGUUAAUUGUAUGAGAUAUAAUACAGUCUAUCAAAAUGAUGAUUUAUCAUCUGUCUAUAAAAUGCCUAAGAAACAUUCAAUGAAAUUGAAAGUUUUCAUUGAAUGUCGUCGUGACUGUUCAACUAAAUGUAAUCAUAGUCUGUUUGUUUAUCUAGCUAAUGAAAAUGAAUGUUACACUUGUUUGAUUGAGUGUAUGUCUGCGUUUACACAACAAGCAGAGAAAGUUGGAAUUCAAUUAAAGGAUAUAAAGAAAUCAAACGAUGCUAAUUUAUUAUCUGAUAGUUUAUAUGCACCUGGAAAGAAAGUAAGACGUCGUCAUCUUCGUCAAGACCAUAUCACACAAGAACAAUUUAGAAAAAGAUCAGAAUGAUAACUACAGAUUAGUAAAAUUAAUAUUCUUAAUGCCCGUCUAAGAUCAUAAAACUGAAAUAGUGACCAUAACUUAUGACAUUGGAUGAAUAAACAUAAACCAACGAUAUAUUAUAACUACCAUUAUUAUCUAACUUUGUAAUAAUAAUAAUAAUAAUAAUAAUAAUAAUAAUAAUAAGAGUAAUAAUAAAAUGAUGUUCUUGUAAAAUUUUACAUCACAUUUUUUAUUUCAUUUGUUCACUCUCAUCAUCAUUUUAGUCAACAUCUUUUUAUUUCAGUAAUUAUCAUUAACAAUCGUUCUUAAAAGCACUUCUCCCAUUUCUUGAUUUAUGUUCAAUUAAUACAAUUAUAAAUCAUCGAAAAUGAACUUUUUUCAUAUUUCUUUUGUGAAUUGAUAUAGUAAACGGAAUACACUCAUUGAG